AGAAAAACAUGGAAAAACUGUUGGAUGAGUUCCGCUGCCUAUCCAAAUAUGCCCAGCGAAACACGAUCCAACUGCAUUGUCGGCAAAUUGGAGCUGGAGCCAGCGCAAGACGUGGACGCAUUCUCAACAUGUGCCUGGUUGCAUAGAGUUGAGGGGGGCGGCGUCGCCAGAUCUUUUGGGUUUCUGACUUUUGUUUCGCAGAGCCCACUUAACAAUAUUUACGCCAUUUAUUGGCAGAACCGCUCUGCUCUUACUAAAGCCAGACUCUUAUUAUCCAAUCGCUGGUCUCUAGUUGUACUCAGUGGAUCUGAUGCCAUUCCAAAUGCCAAACAACGUGGGCUGCAGUUUUGGUUUUGUUGCUGCUGCUGCUGCGACUUUUAUGGCGGCAUGUGUCAGGCAGCAGAGCAGCUGAGCGCUAAAUUGCUUUUGAUUGUUCUUAAAUACAAAAAUAAAAGAAUUAAACAAAACUAUGUAGUUGCGCACACAAAAAUGUCAACCUCCAAUUAA